AUGUGAACCAUGCAGGUGGAUGCUGCCCUCGUUCUCUUCUGUGUUUGGCUCACAGGUGCAGUUGCGAGGACGGCCCAGUCCAGGGGUCACAAGCUGGAGACCGAGAAGCAGAGCAGGUCGCGAAGAGAGACCAGCAUGGAUGGAGGCAAAAAAACUGGAAGCCCAAUUUAUAAGCGAAGUGCAGACAUGACAAAAUCUCUGAUGACAAAAUCUGAGCAACUCCUGAGAAUUGACGACCAUGAUUUCACCAUGAGGCCAGCAUUCGGAGGACCUCCGAUUCCCGUUGGAGUGGAUGUUCAGGUUGAAAGUCUGGACACCAUCUCCGAAGUGGAUAUGGACUUUACCAUGACCCUGUACCUGCGUCACUACUGGAAGGACGAGCGGCUGUCGUUCCCCAGCACCAAUAACCAGAGCAUGACCUUUGACAGUCGCCUGGUGAAGAAGAUUUGGGUUCCUGACAUGUUCUUCGUCCACUCCAAGCGCUCUUUUAUCCACGACACCACCACCGAUAAUGUCAUGCUGAGGGUUUUCCCUGACGGCAACGUCCUCUACAGCCUCAGAGUCACUGUUACCGCCAUGUGCAACAUGGACCUGAGCCGUUUCCCUCUGGACACUCAGACCUGCUCGCUGGAGAUCGAGAGCUAUGCAUACACAGACGACGACCUGAUGUUGUACUGGAAGAAAGGCAACGAAUCCCUGAACACGGACGACAGAAUAUCUCUGUCCCAGUUCCUCAUUCAGAAAUUCCACACCACCACCAAGCUGGCUUUUUACAGCAGCACAGGCUGGUACAAUCGUUUGUACAUCCACUUCACCCUGCGGCGCCACAUCUUCUUCUUCCUGCUCCAGACCUACUUCCCUGCUACUCUGAUGGUCAUGCUGUCCUGGGUGUCCUUCUGGAUUGACCGCAGGGCCGUCCCGGCCAGGGUGCCACUAGGCAUCACCACAGUGCUGACCAUGUCCACCAUCAUCACCGGAGUCAACGCCUCCAUGCCGCGGGUCUCCUACAUCAAGGCAGUGGACAUUUACCUCUGGGUCAGUUUUGUCUUCGUCUUCCUGUCGGUGAUAGAGUACGCGGCAGUCAACUACCUCUCCACCGUGCAGGAGAGGAAAGAGCGGAAACUGAGGGAGAGACUGCCGUGUACGUGCGGCAUUGGCAACCCGGACGAGAUGAUGAUCGACCCCCAGAUCACUGGCUACGGGGCCAUGGAUGUCAACACAACGGGGAAUUAUGGGAUGCCGGAGAACGGUGGUUGCCGGGAUCGGAUGUUGGCCCAGGUUUCCCUGAAUGACCCGCAGAUCACACGCCAGGUCAGGCCAUCCAGAGGCUACGUGAACAUCUGGAUCGACACCCACGCCAUAGACAAGUACUCGAGGGUUCUGUUUCCUGGUGCGUACAUCCUCUUCAACAUCAUCUAUUGGUCCAUCUACUCGUAACGGGGAUGAGGCAGUAGACUCAAGGAGCCGGGCUCUCCUGCGAGAGAGCAGGGAUAAAACUUUGCAUUUGAUGCUUUUUAAGGCCACACGUGCAGACAUUUGACCGAUUGUGGUGACCAUUGCCUUCUCGACCCAGCCACUUAAAACUGAAGAGUUUAAAAAUGAGCUACUGGAAAACACGACAAUCGAUGUCAUCGCUGGUUUUGUCAACGGAUCAAAUCCACGUGGUUUCAGGUUGUGUCGAUACUGCUGUUGAUGGAAAGACAUUUGGACUGACUGCACGGGGAAAUUCUAACCUGUGAAACUGUGAAUGUCAGAGCCCUUCAUUCCGGAUGCAGUGACUCCACAUUUCAAAGCCGAAAAUGUGAACUAACAACUGACAUUGCAAUGGGGAAUGACAGAUUUUUCUUCUUUUUCGCAUAGGAACCAUACUUGACAAUCAAUUUCAGACUACAAGUACUUAAGAAAAGAAAUAGUCUGGUUUAUUUGCUUUCUGGUGGAAAGUUAGACAUUGGCAACAUCAAUCCUCUUAUCUGCCUCCUUGGAUGAGAGAACGGAUGAACGCUAUUACAUAAAAUGUGGGACUAUUUCUUUAAAAAAACUGAUGAAAGAUGCAUUAGUAUGUGUUAUAUUUUCUUGUGAUAUUUGUACCACUGCAAAUGUUUUGCUCUUAAGCUACUUACUGUGUUGCAUUCGUGAUUUGAUAAAGUUCAGGAAAAGGCAAAAUAAUGGUGUCUUUGGAAAAAAAAAAUGUAAAGAUUUAUGUUAAGUCAGUCCCAAACACAGAUUAUGGUAUUGACCUUUUUUUAAAUGUCGCAUUUUCUUCUUUUUUGGUUCGACUGAAGCUCAUCUCCUCUGUUUGGUGUUGUGGGGCUUAAAGGUUCACUAUGACCUUAGUUGCUAGUAUUGUCUUUUUGAGCUUAAAACAACUGUAACCUUUAUUAGGCAGUAAUUAGUAAAAUCUAUUUUGGUGGACAACUUAAAGACCGAACAAACACAUUAAAUGAAACUCUGGAAAAAUGUUAAAUAUGGGAAAAAAUGUUUAAUAAAUGUUUUGUUUUCUGGA